UCUCCAAGGGGCGGUGUUGUUCGCUAGGGUGAUACGAAAGCAUGAGAGAGAGAAAGACUGAGGGGGAUAGAGAGAGAGGAAGAGAGUGAAGAGAGUGAGAGACGCUACGCCUGUCGCUUACUGGAAUAACCAGCGCCUCCUCCACUCACCAAAACCAGUUGACAAAAGGGCGCAGCUUGUCCUGAUUUUUAUAUUUCUCUAGGCCUGUGCAAAAAGUUUCGGAUUGGAUUGAAUUCGACAAACAAUUUUGUUCCACACCUUUCGAAAUUUGUACUUGGUCCAAAGUCUGGUGCGCAACUAGUUCAGGAGCGCGACUUUACAGAAGGUAAAUAGUUGUUUUCAGUUAGAGUGGACUUACACCAUGAGAGAGGAGCGGUGUUGGUCGGGAUGUUCCGGACUAGCCCUCUGCGGACUUCUGGUCUUCCUUCUGGGGAUGUCUGUCCAGCCAGCACAGGCUGGAUGCGGUGAGAGAGAGUCGCCCAACUGUUGCAGUGGUCGGAACAAUGAAUGUUUUGAGUACACAAAGCGAAAAACUGUGUGUUAUUGUGACACAUACUGCCAGAAAACCGGGGACUGCUGCGAAGACUACAAGAGCGUGUGUCAAAUAUCCGCAGCUAUAGACUGUGUUGUGGGCUCAUGGGGGGCCUGGUCUCCGUGCUCCUCUCCGUGUGGGGGGGGCAGCACGGAGCGCAGUCGGCAGGUGCUCACACCCCCCCGCUACGGGGGCACCCCCUGCCCCGACCUCAAGCAGCGCCGCGGCUGCUUGGACACGCACGUCAUAUGUUUCACAUUUUCAGAGGUGGCUAAAAUCCUGCCUGUCCUCAAGAGGAAUUUUAAGGACCCCUGGAGAAGACCCCAUAUGCUUAUGAAAGAGGAGAAGCCCAGCUACUGUGUGUACAUGCGUGUGAAGCGGUCCAGUGUGGUGUGUAAGCAGAGGGUAUGGACAGCCCAGCUGGUGCACGAGCGCUCGCUGUGUGUCGAGUGUCAGAGUGACGCCAUGGCAACCGACAGCCGCUGUGCUGGUGAUGGGUUAGAGGCCAACAAAACAUUCUGGACUGCUGCAUCUGCACCUGGUUGCCAUGGUUCCUGGGUGAGGGAGUCGCUGGUUGAAAAGUGCCGCUGCCCUCCGCAUUCCGUGCUGUUUGUCUGAGCAGAAAUGCUCCCAAACCCCCCCACACCCCCCACAUCUCACAUAAAGAGACAUGGUACAGCCACAUGGCUCCCUGUUAACCAAUAAUAGCUCAUCCAGAAACGUUGGGAGGCUACCAUUUGGAGACAAGUGGGGUUGGUAUCUCUCCAGUCUCUGAUUACGCUCAUGUUACACUACACUUCUAUUACCCCAAUCAUAAGUAUUGUAACACUUUUUUUAUAAAGUAUUUAGAAUCACGUUCCACGAGAACACAAUGAUAGCCCCAUUUCUGUUUUUAUCCUGGCCCCUGCUAUCUACCUCCUAUGAUUCUGUUGCCUUUAAAUAUAUGUUAUGUACAAUUAUUAUGAAAUUAUUACUAUUUUUUUUUUUGAUUUAUACAUCCACUCUUUGUGUAUCUGAAUACUGUAUGUCUUUGUACACCUGUUUUUUAUGUGUUUGUCAUUUUGGAAUGUUUGCCGUGUGUCUGAAUGAAUGUGUGUUUGUGGCAACAUUUUGACUGUGUGUGACAUGUGCACUUGACUUGUGGAUUGUUCUUUGGGAACUCGAUGUGACAGCACAGUUUGUAUGUUUAUAUGUACUGUUGUGUUGUCUUGUGUUGUGUUGUUUUGUUAUUGUAUUCUGUUCUAUCAAAAUCCAAAGUCAUUUCAGAGAGCUCAGCACAUAGGACCAGGUGAGGUUGCAGGACCUGUACAGCAUGUACUUUGCUUCUCAGAUCGAAGCAGCGUCUGGACCAGAUCUGGGCCAUAUAUCAGCACCACAUGUGGGCCAGAUCUGGGCCGUAUCAGCGCCACGUGUGGGCCAGAUCAGGGCCAGCUGUGGGCCGUCAGCUCCAGCUUUGUCGGGUCCGGCUGGGUUAAGGGCCGUUCACACCAGGAACGCAGCAUAUAACGAUAACAGCAAAAACUUAAAAAGGAUAGAAGUCUUGCUCUAGUUGAUAUGAAUGACAACGUCCACAUUGCAUACUAUAUAACGAUAACAACAUUAAGAACGAUAUCGUUGGUGAUCACUCUCAGAGUGUUUUUAAAAAUGAUUAAAAAAAACUGACAGCCAACGAGGAUCCAUCAAAUUUAAAAAUCAUAUUUAUCAACAUGAGAGACUAUCUUUGGUCUAUCGUUGGUCAGUGUGGACGCUCAUGUGGUUAUAGUUACGGUUGCCUGUGUAGUUUUUGUUCCUGUUGUUAACAGCCCUUUAUAAAUGAAACCAUUUGCCUGGCUGUAGCUCGUUGCCAUCAUAAGCGACUCCUCCAGAUGUCUAGCCUGCUUAUUUAGCUGUCCAGUCGUGGUCCGUGACACAUUGUCAGGCCUCACGGAGCAUGUCUUUGAAGAGUUCACACAUAGUGAUCGGUAAUCGCCAAGUAAGCGCUGAUUUGCCUCCUAUCUGGGGCUUUCGUUGGCGACUUCCAAAAUCUGUCGGUGUCUGUAAAAUCGUGUAGUGUGAUCUACAUUGAUGGAAAUGCAGUAGAAAGAAAGAUCUGGAACCUGCAGCUUGAUAGCAAGAGCAAAAGAGAGAGUAGAGUCCUGUACCUGCCUUACCUUACCUUACCUUAUCUUUUUUUUCUUGUUUGUUAUCCUACUGGAAUCAGUGAAAGCCAUUAAGAAAAAACUGUCCCACAACCAAAUCUUUCACUAGAGUACGGGGCACACUUGUGUGCACGUGCACGCACACGUACAUGCACACACACACACACACACACACACACAAGCACGCACACACACACACACACACACACACUCUCCUAAAUAGAAAUACUGUUAAGGGCAGUGCACACCAGGAACAAUAACUAUAACCAUAACUAUAACCAUAACGAUAAAAGCGUCCACACUGACCAACGAUAAGCAAAGUCUCCUUGUGUUAAUGAAUUUGAUGGCUAAAAUGUGAUGAGUUCUGAUUGGCUGUUAGCUUUUUAUCAUUCUCAAAAUCGCUCUGAAGGUGAUCCCCAACGAUAUUGUUCUUCAUAGUGUUAUUGUUACAGUUUAUGUGUAAACGUCGUCAUUCAUAUCAACGAGUACGAUAUGUUUUAUCGUUAUAGUUCUUGGUGUGAACACUCUUAAAAAGGGUAUACUUUUGUUCAUACAUGAAUCCAUUGUUCAGGAUUAUAUCUGAACAGGUCUACAGGUGUGACUUCACUUAUAAUGUUAUUCAAAAAUACAUAUACACAUAAAAAUACACUACAAACCGACUCUUAUAAUGUCAAUCAAUAAAAUAUGCUGUUACAAA